CCAUCUUGUAAAACAGUCACCGAAAAAAUGAUAAAAAUUCAAAUAAGCAUUUUCAUUUUUGUUUUUACAUUUUGUAAUAUACAAGGUUCAUUUAGUGAUUUUUUUUUGAAAGAUUACUGGUUAGCUGAGAAUAUAGCUAAACGAGAUGGAUAUCCUAUAGAAACACAUGCAGUCACAACGGAGGAUGGAUACAUAUUGACUGUUCAUCGAAUCCCAGGAAGUGAAGGAGGACAGCCAAUUUUAAUACAGCAUGGACUGUUAGGCAAUUCUGCUUUAUGGAUUGUUUCUGGAAAAGCGCAUUCAUUAGCAUACAUACUAGCUGAUCAAGGAUACGAUGUUUGGCUUGGAAAUAUUCGUGGGAAUACGCAAGGAAUGAAUCAUAUUAACUUAACGACAAGCGAUUCUGAAUUUUGGGAUUUCAGUUAUCAUGAGAUGGCUGUAUACGAUUUACCUGCAAUGAUUAAUUAUAUCCACGCCUUAACCAACCGAUAUCCAUUCUAUAUUGGUCAUUCGCAAGGUGGAGCAAUGUUUUAUAUAUUAGCUAGUGAAGUACCAGAUGUAGCAAAUACAGUGAAAUUAUCCAUCGGUUUAGCACCAGUUGCUUACAAAUCAGAUAUGUGGGAUCCAGUCUUACGAUUAAUAUCAAAUAUUUUGAGAAAAAUCGAUGAUGUACUGUCAAUUGUUUUUAACAUACAAACUUUUAUGACUCCGUUUUGGCCUUUGUUUUUACUCAGAUUACUAUGUGCAGUACUGUCAAUAGGAAAUUAUAAUUGCUUAGAUUUGUUUCCAACACUUGUUGGUGCUGAAAGACCUGAAUUAUUUGAUCAAGCAAUAUUACCAGCAGUUGCAGCUAAUUUUCCAGCUGGAACAUCCAAGAAAAAUAUGCGCCUCUAUGCUCAACUUAUGCAGACUGAUCGUUUUGAACGUUAUGACUACGGUGAAACCAAAAAUUUAGAAAUCUAUAAUUCUCCAAUACCUCCAGAGUAUGAUUUGAAGAAAGUUACUCAACCACAUGCAAUAUUUUUAGCAGAUGCUGAUGUAUUCGCUCAUCUUCCAGAUUUAAAUAAAUUAUUUAAUCUACUGCCCAAUAUCGUGGAUGAACAUCUUGUAAAUGCUUCAGGAUUUAGUCAUAUGGACUUUCUUUGGGGAUCAAAAUCAAGAGAUGUUAUCUAUCCUCGAAUAUUAGAGCUUAUUGAUAGAUAUAAUAAUUGAUAAUUUAUUAAUAAAAAUUCUAUUAAUUUACUAUA